AUGUACAUACACAGAAAUACACAGACACAUGUACAUACUUAGACACAUGUACACAGACACAUGUACAUACAUACACACAAAAACACACACAUGUACAUGCACACACACACACACUUGAACACACAUACAUACAUGUACAUACACGCAGACACAUGUACAAUUGUACAUGCAUACACAGACACACACACAUGUACACUUACACAUACACCCCUACUCCCCCAUAAAAAGUUACAGUACUUCGUUGUUCACUCACAGAUCCGGGUACUACACUCUAGGGGGAGGCAGAGAGCACAGCACACACUCCUUGCUUUGCUUUCACUGCGCUCAGCUAUUGAGCAGUCUGACGGCUCCCAGUGCCAAUGACAGAUCCGGUCUGAGCUCCGAGUCUGCUCAGCAAGAUGGUCCGGGGGACACACUCGCCCCCACCAUAAUUUCCAAUCGCCAUUGGUGAGCAGGCGAGUGGAAAUUUCAAGCCCCGCUCUACACUGCAUAUGU